UUUUUUUUUUUUUUUCUUCGGCGUUUUCGUUUUCCCCGAGCAGCGUGGGGGCGGGAGGAGAGGGCUGGGGGACGUGUGGGAGCUGCCUUCUGCGCCAAGGUGCAGCCCGGCGGCGGCGGGAGGAUGCGAGCCGAGGGCGGCCGGGCGGCGGAGCAGCAGCAGCAGCAGCAGCAGCAACACCAGCAGCAGCAGCAGGAGCAGCAGCAGCAGCAGCAGCUACCUGUGUGGCCCGGGCGGCCGCUGCCGGGACCUGCCGGGGACAUCGCCAUGUGAAGGGGCAGACCCCGGGCCGGCUCUCCACCCCGCCUCGCUCAAUGGGAGGUUUGUUUUAGGGAGGACUCACCCCCUCCCUUCCCAGCCACCCCCCUCCAACCCCCCCCCCCCAACAAGGGCUGAGGAUUAUUUGGGGAGCUGGUGGCGGUGGAGGCGGCCGUGGCGCACAGCAGAUCUAACUGGCCUCACCCAGACAAUGCUCCCAAAGACUGUAUGAUAAUUUCUGGCAGCUGCGAGAGGAGGCACAUCGGGGUCCGUGCAGCAGAGGAACAGGACCGGGGGGCUGAGAACUUCCUCCUGCCCACGUGGCAGGGCUACCAGGUGCGUGGCAGACCCGCAGCGCGAGCCAAGUGCUAGCCUUCAGAAAGCCAGCAGGGACGGAGGGCCGCCCUGAGGCACCCCGGGCACGGGAGGAAGAGGAGCAGCGGCAGCAUGGAUAAGGACAGCACAAACCUGGCUGACCAGCAGUAUGAGUGUGUGGCCGAGAUCGGCGAAGGAGCCUACGGGAAGGUGUUCAAAGCCCGGGACUUGAAGAACGGAGGCCGCUUCGUGGCGCUGAAGCGGGUGCGGGUGCAGACCAGCGAGGAGGGGAUGCCGCUGUCCACCAUCCGAGAGGUGGCAGUUCUGAGGCACCUGGAGACGUUCGAGCACCCCAACGUGGUCAGAUUGUUCGAUGUGUGCACCGUGUCACGAACAGACAGAGAGACCAAGUUAACAUUGGUGUUUGAACACGUGGACCAAGACUUGACUACUUACUUGGAUAAAGUUCCAGAGCCUGGAGUGCCUACUGAAACUAUAAAGGAUAUGAUGCUUCAGCUGUUUCGGGGACUGGAUUUUCUGCAUUCACAUCGUGUGGUGCAUCGGGACCUGAAACCCCAAAAUAUCCUUGUAACCAGCAGCGGGCAGAUAAAGUUAGCUGACUUUGGCCUUGCACGAAUCUACAGUUUUCAGAUGGCUCUUACCUCAGUGGUUGUUACUUUGUGGUAUAGAGCGCCUGAAGUUUUGCUUCAGUCCAGCUAUGCAACACCGGUUGAUCUUUGGAGUGUUGGCUGCAUAUUUGCAGAAAUGUUCCGUCGAAAACCACUCUUCCGUGGAAAUUCAGAUGUUGAUCAACUAGGAAAAAUCUUUGAUGUAAUUGGACUCCCAGAAGAAGAGGACUGGCCUAAUGAUGUUGCCCUUCCAAGAAAUGCUUUCGCUUCCAGACCCGCACAACCUAUUGAAAAAUUUGUACCAGAUAUUGAUGAACUGGGCAAAGACUUGCUUCUCAAAUGCUUAGCGUUCAAUCCAGCCAAGAGAAUAUCUGCCUAUGUUGCCCUGUCUCACCCAUAUUUCCACGAUCUGGAGAAAUGCAAGGAGAAUCUGGACUCUCACAUGUCAUCCAGCCAAAACUCCAGUGAGGUGAAUGCAUCAUAAUGCUGACUGAAGAUGAAUCUAUAAAUGAACAAGACAUGUAGCUGACAAGGCCACUGACCCAUAUAAAACACAUAGCUGUUCGAGUGAAGAUCAUUAUUUGGAGGUUUUAAACACCUAUCUUUUAUUUUGGGAUUGUGAUGUGCUUAUCCAAGGAAACCAAUCUAGUUUACUUUCAUCAGAGCGAUGCAAGGAACAGGGUUUUGACCUGCUCCCAUUGCAGCUUUAUGUUUGUUUUGUUUUUGUUUUGUUUAUCUACCUGGGAAAACUCCAGACGAAGAGAAGCUGCUGACCAGUUUUGCUGCCAUUUUAUCAUUUUAAUAUUGAAUGCUGCCAGUGUGGAGUAGGAUGAUCAAGUCACUGCCAAAACAUGAUGCAAUCUCUCUCUCUAGCUGCUGAAGCAUGAUUUGGUACUUUUAUUAUUAUUAUUAUGUGAUCUCUUAAAGUGAUAUUUAAAGGAUGGCAUUGAAAUAUCAGAUCUCUGCAACCUGCAGUUAACUGAUACAUACAUUAAUACAUCCAGUUACUGUGCAUCGUAGAAUAUAUGCAGGUGCUUCCCCAGUUGAAAACUUGGAUGGAUUAUUUUAUCAUUUAAUUGCUCUAUAAAAAUAAUAGUGAUGAUGGUGAUCAUAAUAAAUGUCUCAACUUUUAGUUUUUUUCAUACACAAACAAGUUACUAUCCAGUUAAGUUUGUGUGCAUGUUUCAAAAGCAAGUCUUUUAAAGAAACUUACAGGAUCCCAUUCUUAAAGAUCCAUUCAAUUUCCACAUAGGUUAUGUUGGAAUACAUGCACAUUCUAGCCCAUCAUCUAACCCAUCAUUCCUCCCUGGAAACAGCUGCAGGCACAUUUUCUCUAUCUCGUUCUGAAUUUUCUGAUAUGCAGCUCAAAGACAUGAGCAGAGCCAAUGAAAAUGAAUACAGGUUUGUGCCUUGAACUUGUUCUCAUUAUCAGCUGAAAAGGAACACAGACAAAAUAUUUCCAGAUUAGAAGCAGAGAAUCCUAUACCUGUAAAGAAGUACAGGUGUUUAUUUGUGCUGAAUUGCAUGCUGUGUACUGCGCUGCCUUACCUGCAACACCCCCCAUGCAUCACAAGUGCAUGAACGUUACUGUCACAAAAUCUCUCAGAUGUCAUUUAUUAAGAAGACUUGUUUUCUAUGCAGAAAUGCAUGAGCUUCUCUCCUAAACCACCAUGUGGGUAUACUGGCACAUGCUUCUCCGCUAGGGCUAAUGUGCCAUUAUUGAAUGUCAAAAUAACUGAGCAAUUCACGUGUCUUUAUAGCACAGUUAUAUUAAAUAUUACAUUAAUUUUUUUUUAUAUUUAGUACUUUUACCUUAACUAAAAUAUAUUUUCAGUAUUUUAAAAAGAAACUUUUAUUUUUUUAAUACUGUACUGGGAAAAAAAAAGAAGUAUUUUGAAUCCAUAAAAGCUGUUCCCUAGCAUGAAUUCAGUGCAUUUACCUGGAUAUGACUUGGGGGGAAAAUUGGUCCGAGUUAGCCCUUACCAUGAAUAUAUAAAUACACACUAUUGCAGUAUAACUGAUGAUAUUCUAUGAUUCUAUGAUCCUAUAAGUGAGGCAGCUAACUUUGCUUACUCCUAUGAUAGUCCGUUAGGCUACUCUCUUCUUCAUCUCUACUUCAUCUUGUCUAGCUACUGAGCCAGCAUCAUACCCUUCCUCACAGCAUGCUUGGCAGAAGCAGGUCCUGAGCACUGGGUUGAGCAAUGUAUUUUUUCCGGAUCUGGCAAGGGAACCUGUAGCUGUCUCCCUGGCAGGCUUCUCAGACCUGUGGCAUACUGGCUGUUGUGGUGGACUUCACUGUUAACUCUGUUUCAGGUAUCUGCACUAUCUGGGACAUGGUCCAUUGCUAAGAGAGUGAGUAGAUCUUACCAGUCUCUUGGAUAAAGCUUUUCUUUACUGUUAGACGCUUAACCAUGCGACUUAUGGUUAAAUUAUUCAAAUAGGAGAGGUUUUAAAUGGACCACUUGCAUGCAUGCAUGCAUGCAUUGGCCUGUGCUUUUCUUCAUGCCCAGAAUGAUAUGUACUCGAAACCUACCAGCAUGAACAGGCAAGUCGCAAAUUAGGCCUGGCAAGAGCAUGUACGAGGCAUCCACACACAGAGAUAAUACAGAUGCAUAGCACAAGAAUUUUGGAAGCUCUGCAAGUGGCAAGCUGAAGGCCAAGGAGCGGUCACAGCAGCUAACUCCUCUAAUCUUGGCCUCGUUUCUGUCGUUCUCUUCUCUCCUACACCCAAAGAGAAUGGCAAACCCACUGCACUGGUGUUGAACCAGCCCUAUUCCUCCAUGGUUUGAUGGACCCGAGUGUGAAUAGGUUUUUGACAUUCAUGGGAAAAGAUAGGCCAGAAUGAAUUGUUUAUAACAAUUUUAAAACACUAAUUAGAACAAACAGAGCCAACAUUUAGGAGAAUCUUGCCAGAGCAACAAAUAGAAAAGUUUUCUACAUGGUUUAGCACUUUUUAAAAUAUUCUGGAUUUUACCUGCCACCAAGCUAUCGUACAUGUUAUAUCAGGGCAUUCAGCUGGUGUGGCUUUCCAGCAGCUGUCAGGGAACUUUCCCAGAGCUCUCCAAGAGCUAACAUAGGGUAAAAAUGUGUGUGUUUGUGUGUGUGUGUGUGUGUGAGAGAGAGAGAGAUUUCUGAUUGUAAGCAAAUUAUUAGGGUGAAACAAAAAGAGGGAAGUUAACACUUUAAGCCAAAGGUUGCUUAGUGUGGGCCCAAGAACUAACGAGAAUAUGGAAAUUGCAAGAAAGUAAACUACUGGAGCAGAAUUUACCAAUGCAUGGUAUCAGAAGUAGAGCUCAAGAGAGCAGCAGAGAAAAGCAGGAGCUGGCCUAUGGAAUCAGAAGUAGAGCCUCUGCAACGUGGUGCUGUAUGUUGUCUAAUAUAGGAUCAGGUUAUAAGUGGGAGUAUUCAGGAGAAAGAUUGGAAGAGGUUGCAUUAAUUUUUGGUUCUGCGACAUCCUUCCGGUGGGAAUGGCAGCAAGAAAAAAGGAAAUCUGUCUUGACAGGGUUAGGGUAAAGAUCUUUUUUUCCCUUGUGGUAGCAAGGGACUGGAUUCAAAGGCAUAAGGACUUUUCAAAUGACCUCCUUUUCAAAAUCUUUUCAGGAAGAAAUUCCAGUAGUCCUCUCUGACAUGCCUUAGGCUUCAUCUGAUUCCCAUUUUCCCUGCCAAGCCAUGAGGCUUCACUUACACUAGUAAACUGAGGAGUCCUGUUCCCUGGCUGGGCAAAGUGCUGGCACUGGCUGAAAGCAUGCUGGGAAUCAUGCUAAUAAUGAGACAGUACAGAGACAGCUGUGGGACUGCUCAAGCCAUGCCCUUGCUCUUUUUAUUUCACUGGUAUAGCUGUAGUCUUGAAGUUUCUGUACUCAUUACUGCUGUAUGUGUAGGAUGUAGGAAUUAUACAUGUGAAAAAAUUGCUCCUUUUCACAGAUAUUCCAGACUGAGAUGACAACUCUUCGUACACCCUUUAAAUAACACUUUUGAGUGCAGUUCUUCACAAUAACUAUGCCCGUACGUAUAUGUUCUAGAGGACUGGUUCAACAGCAGCUGAAAAACACUGGCAAAAAAUAUAUUAAAAGUAGGGUUAAUUGCUUAGCUCCUAAAACACCCACAAGCAGACUCUGUGCUCUACUCACUAGACAACAGGAUGUUCUGAGUAACAGACGGAGCAAUUUCCAUCUCCAACAAACCUUUUUUUUUGUCACUGCUACAUAAUUCUGCAGGAAAAGCAGACCCAAUAGCCAAGGAAAAACAUCACCAAAGCCAGGUAGUGAAGUGCUAAGUGCUGAGCCAUAGCAAUAUGCCUGGAGCAGCCGCUUUCUCUCUUCACCCAGUCCGCACACUCAGUCUAGCUCUCCAGUUCCUCUCUCUCAGCACCCAUAUGGAAACCAGAUUUCAGUGACACUCGAAGGUGCUAUUUCCAACAAGAUUCUUACAAAUUUUCAAUAGCUACACAGUGCCAGUGUCCCUAUGCCCCUGUUACUGAGCGUUGCUUAUUUUAGUCCAUCAGCCCAGAAGGGAUGAUUUAAAAAGAAUCUCUUUGUGCACCUCCUCGCUUAACCUUAGUUUUGUGUACACCUGUGUUGUCUUCUGUGUGACAAGUAAAAUUCUAAAAAUAGGCUUUGUGCAUAUUUCUGUGUAGGCUGUGCCCACACUCCAUUGUUUUUUCAGCACAUUAGUCUACUGUGGGAAAUGUUAAAAGUACCUUUCCCUCUUGUUUCUCUAUUAAAACAGACCAAAUAAUUAGGAUAUCGUAUUUGCAAAACUUUGAAAUUGGGUGCUACAUGUAUAGAGCCUUUCACAUGCAAGAAAACAGCAAGUUAUGGUAUUUGAGCAUGUCCUGCAUGAGGGAUGGUAUCCAGCAAUGUAACUUUUACAUGGUUUUCAUACUUGAAGGUCGUUUUGGAGAAUAAGACGGAAAUACUGUGCCAUGCUACUUUUCACAAGUUCACUCACUGUCUUUGAGAAGCACGUUUUAUCAUACAAAGGGAUAAUUCUCUCUGGUAUUAGAAUCAUAGAAUCAUUAAGGUUGGAAAAGACCUUCAAGAUCAUCUGGUACAACCCUACCACCGAUAUCACCCACUAAACCAUGUCCCUAAGCACCACAUCCAACCUUUCCUUGAACGCCCAUUCCAAUGCCUGACUGCUCUUUCUGAGAAGAAAUGUCUCCUAAUUUCCAACAUAAACCUCCCCUGGCGCAACUUGCGGCCAUUCCUUCUAGUCCCAUCACUAGUUACCUGUGAGAAGAGGCCGACCCCAGCUCCCCACAUCUUCCUUUCAGGCAGUUGUAGAGACCAAGAAGGUCUCCCCUGGGCCUCCUUUUCUCCAGACUAAACAACCCCAGUUCCCUCAGCCGCCCCUCACAGGACUUGUGUUCCAGGCCCUUCACCAGCUUCGUAGCCCUUCUCUGGACAUGCUCCAGGGCCUCGAUGUCCUUCUUGUACUGAGGGGCCCAAAGCUGAACACAGCACUCAAGGUGCGGCCUCACCAGAGCUGAGUGCAGGGGGACGAUCACCUCCCUGGUCCUGCUGGCUGCACUGUUCCUGGUACAAGCCAGGAUGCCGCUGGCCUUCUUGGCCACCCAGCCAAUUUUAUUAUGGAAAAUACAGAGAAAACAUGCUGGUUUGGUCCUUCAGCCAACAAACUUGAGCACUUAUCUGACUCACAACUGAAAACACAUCAGUUGUUAAAUAUGUUUAUGAAUCAUAAACCACACGGUUUGGUUUAAAAGUCGACAUUAAUUAUGUGCCAUGUAUAAUACACAGCUGAAUAAUGAGGAAGUUUCUUCUAAGAACUCUGUUUUAUAGAACCACUUUGUUAGUAUUUUUCGUAUGCAAUAGUUUCAGGAAUAGAUGGAUUUUUAUGUACAAUGUGAAUUAGAAGAUACUAGACUAUUAGAGUGAUCUGUUGUUUUAUGCUUGAAGCUUGAACUGAUCAGAAGCUUAGGAAACUAAUGUAUUUAUUGUAUUGCCUCAAAACUGCUUCUAAAUAUGAAGAGCUUUCUUGAUGUUAACAGGAUUUCACUCUUCUCUUAAUGUGUGAUUUUGUUGACAUUAGCAUAUUAGGAAAAAAAAUGUUUUUCCAAACUGCAAUUGUGGGAGAAAAAAUAAGAAAUUUAUUUUUAAAUUCACAGAGAAUAGCAUGUUAUAUAUUGAAAUCUUCAGUAACUGACUGUUCAUAAGCUAUCACUUUUCUUUUUGAUUGCUAAGUAUUAGAGUUAUACAGAUAAUUUCCAUGAGGAAAAAAUUCAGAAACAAUCUCUAGAAAAGUAAGUGGGAUUUCAUAGGCCUAAUGAUACCUACCAGGUUUCAUUAUCAUAUCCAUUUUUUUAUGUGUGCAAAUACAGUUGAGGUGUGCAAAAGUAUGACUACAAUUUGAACAAUUUAACAGGCUGUGCAACUCAAAUAGGAAUUCUAUCUGUGAGCUAUUUAUUUUAUUAUAUCUCUGUUUUGUGAAUUGUUAAAUAAUGACUGUAAUAUAAUUCCAGUUUCUGGACCAAAUCAGUAACCAUCAAAUCCCAGUAACUUCUGUAAAACAAUAAGAAGCUUUUUCAUUGAUUUAAAUGAACUAAGCCAUUGAAACAAGAAAGAUGUGGACAUACAAACUGACAAUUAUACUUUUGGCAAGUGUUAUUUAUUCCCUUUAGUCUGAAGCUUCACAUGUAUUACAUACAGAUAUGCAGUAUAUACAUGACAAAAGAACCACAAAAUACACUUAGGAAUAGUGUGCACAAAAAUGGCUCAUUAAGUGCUUGCAGAAACUAGCUAAAUAUCAUUCUUUUAGGUAUAGUAAAUGUUGCAUGUUUAUCUUGCAUGGGUACAGAAAGCAAGAGAUUCUGAUAUGGCUAUUUUGAUACUUGGUGAUCACGGUAGAGUAGAUUGUUUCCAGAGAAGAUCAGACAAAAGAUACUGCCUUUAAAAAAACUGACAUUAGUAAGGAUGAAACAAAAAAAAAAAGAUUUCAAGGAACUAUUGGGAAGGUACUUCUGGGAUAAGGGAAAAGGAGAGUAUUUAUAAAGUGAGAAAUGUAAAUACAAACAAUGUGUAUUAAAUAUGCAUUGAAACUGAUACUCUUUCACUGACUUCUCAAAGUUGAUAGGGUUUUAAGGAAGAAUCCAGGUAUGAACUUAUUCUAAUUAGCAUUUUAAUGUUCAUUUGCACUAAAGCUACCUAUACUAUUUGAAAGGAGAAGGGAAAGCAGGUAAUGUUUACUUUGGUGAUGUAUACACGGAUAUGCUGUAAAGCUCUCAAGCUCUCUGUCCAUUUUUGAGCGUGCUAUAUUUUGCAUCCACACUAUUUAGCUUUCUGCACCUUAAACCCAACCAGAUGCCAGGCAAAUUUUCUAAUGUUUACACUGAUACUUGCUCCCAUUGACAUGCUCAUGUUAAGCCCGGCCAAGCAGCACUGUCUUUGCUUCCUUCAUGCAAUUACUUCUGAAGAGAUUGUAGUUAACAGACUGUAAUAUGCAACCUUUCCUCUUAUUCCAUGCUUCAUACAUUUGACAUGUCAUUAAAUCAUCAGCCCUACCCUAAUCAUAUAUAAUGUUAUUAAUCUUCCCAAAACUUGUUACUGCUGCUGGCUAUGCCCAGCACUCUGAGCUGCACAGUGUGCUGUUCCUGUAGAUGCAGAAUUAAGCCAUGUUCUGCUGUAUGUUCCUGCCAUGCAUUAAUGGUAGGAGGCAGCUACCAUUUUCUAGUGACCUUUCUUCCUUUUAUAAACCUUUGUGGGACUAUUUGUUUGUUUAUGUUCUUGAAUGUUAGGAUCUAUUUUGAGUAUCUAGAUGAGAGAGGAAAAUUGCAAAGUGCUGCAAAGAUAGGAAAAAUGGAUAGAGAUAGGAGAAUUCAGGACAAUUUGGGAAAGUGAAUUUGAAUAUGUGGAAAAGUUAUGUAUAAGUGUAGGGGGAAGACUUUUUUCCAUGUUUUUUUGUUUUCUCCUGUCAUUCACUUUCAGAGGCCUAAGAUGAUAAAGCAAUGCUCUUGCACAGGAUUUUAGCUCCAGAUCCUUAAUGUGCUAACUCAAAUCAUGAGUGCUGGUGCAGUUUUUCAAGACAGCAACAGCUGUAUUUUUUAAAUCAGAUUUUGUAUAAGUGAGAGAUUUUUCUAUGUAGAUAUAUUAAAAAAAAAAAAAAAAAAAGGCUGUUGAGACAGCUUGAAAGCAGACUAAUCUGGCCAUACAGACACAGCCUGUAGUUCAGCUGCAGACAUGAAGAAUGUAUCACUAAGGGCACCCAUUAGUGUGAAGUAUCAUUGUGCAUUACAAGCUGACUCCUGCAGCAAAUUGAAAAUUCUUUGCCAAUCCAAAAUGGCAUGUGUUUGAGCACUUGGAUUUUAAUGAGAUUAUCCACAUGCAGAUUUGGCUGGAUCAGUCCAGGUGGUUCACUGCCUUGCAGGAGCAAGUCUGAGAGCCUGUUAGACACCCAGUGUAAGUGAUGCUGCAGAACUGUCUGCCAGGGAAAAGGGAGUCUUUUCAUCGGUUGUACAGCAGGAAUGGAGCUUUCCAAGCUGCUGUGCCAGCCUCAGAGCUACUGUUAACUAUUGUUGUGCCGCCUCCAGAAAUAGGCAGCACAGAAAUAGGGAGUACAAGGUCUGUGUAGGUUUAGUUCAUGUGUAUGGGUGACAUGGCAAGUGAUAGCACAGAGCGGCUUAUUUUGGUCCUUCCAUUAAAUAUGAGCAACUAGGCUUGGCACAGAGACAAAUUUUGCAGUUCUAGGAAUAGGAAGCCUUUAAUUCUACACUGUACUUCUCUGGCAUUGGUGAUAUAUAUAUAUGUAUAUAGUGAUAGAUCACCCAGCAGCUUAUCGACUCCUUUCCUUAUUCCAGAUCAUCCUACUGUAACACCAAAAGUAUACCUGGAGAUCCUAGUCCUUAACAGCCUUUCAACACCCUGCUUCCUCUUACUGUGGCAACACUUGGUCACCUAUCACUUGUAGCUGACCUUGCUCAGCCACUCAAAAACUGUGAGCUAAAUUACUAUCUUGUGAUUCUGCAGCCCCCCAGUUUGCAGGCAGACAGUGAUGUCUUCUCUCAUUUUCCCUUGCUUCUCAUUAGGAGUUGAGAAUUGAUACAGAAGAACAUAGCAAAGUGUUUGUUAUUUUGACACUCUUUGGCUCAAGCAAAGACAUGAGCAGGUGUAGAUUAGAUUGAACAUAAUGUGUUUGAUCAGCCAAAACUAUUUUGGAUUCAUAAGAUUAUUUAGUAAGUAUAGAAGGUCGCUGGACAACUGUCUGUGUAUGUUUACAAGAGCAGCCAGUGAUUCUUCUGUUAUAUGAAGUUUUUAAAGGAUACAUACAAGACUAACAAUGCCAGCCUCCUUCUGCUCACCCCUUUCCCCUUCUUCUUCCCAGAGAUCACUGUUCCCAGGGAGAUGUCUUCUCCCAGAAUGAGUCAGAGCACCUAGGAGAAAGACCUUCUCUGUAUGAGGGUCCACAAGUUUCAAGACGGCAUGGGCGCGUGCAGGCAAUCAAGCUCAUUCCUUUGCUCAUGCUAUGGCAGAUAUGAGUACAGAGCCUUGCCACAAGUACUAGGCACAGUCAGACCAUGACCCCAAUAUAUUCUCCUGAGAAAAAGUGUUUACAGGAUCUGGAGGGGAUAGUAUGCUUACUGUUUCUAUAACAGUGGACAGAGUUAAGAAGUCCCCUAGGAGACCUCUCUCACCUUCCUAAAGGAUGACUGUGAACUCUGGGCAUACGGUGGGAAAGGACAAAGUGCUUUACUCCAGGUGGAUGAUGAUGUAUCUCCAACAGCCACCCUACAGAGUUCAAAAUAAAGCCUGGGUCUACAGCCUGCUAGUUAAAGUGCUUUGCAAUCCUUUUGCAGCAAGACCCAAAAUCCAUCAGGAUUUUUUUGCAGGGAGUUUAUCCUGGAGUCCCUUGCAACAAAGGGUGGCUGUAACUAUGGGUUGGGACUACAACGAAAAGUACAUCAGACUUUGGAUGCUGGCAGGAAGUUUGCAGAUGCAGUGCUCUACAAGGUGGCUUAUACAAGCUCGGUGGCAAUGAGCUUGUCCGAAGUACUGAUUGCCAUGCACAUUUUGAACUGAAGAUACCUAUUGUAACAUAAUAGAAGAGCUGCAAUGUCAUGAGAUUAGAGGCUCAAUGGAUAGAAGUAGAACUGUGAGCAGCAGGGACUGCAAAGGUUGCUCUGUCCUUUCCUUUUUCGCCCUAUAUGUCUGUCAACCCAGUGGUUUUCCAGCUGUUUUCUUUUGAUGUGAUUCACCUCCACCACCUCCAUUGCCCUUCCUGUUGUGCAUAAUAAGUUGAAUAGAAAAGCAUUACUCUAGAUUACUAGAUCAAAACCAGAGUAGGUCAGCACUGUCUAAAAAUUUGGAUCAUUCUCUGGUGGUUGGUAUUAAAUGUAUCAAUUGUCUCAGUUUAGAUUCCAGCAAAUAAAACCCAGUAUCUGUGACACCUUCCUUAUAUUCAGCACCACUUAAUAACCUUGCUGUCAUUCUCUGCAGUGUUCAAAAUCUCUUUUCCUAGAGAUUGAACUUCCCUCCUACAACCCAUUUAUAGUCACGACAAUGUGGGCUAAAGAAGUUUACCUUACAGCGGUGCUUUUUGGUAAGGAAUGAGAGCCAGUUCCCGUGGAAAAGGAUCUAAACAAGUCUUGAGGAAUCUUAGCCGUGCAGUCUUUUACAGGCAAAGCAGCCACUUCUGUUACAGCAAGAAGCUCAUUUUAAAAUACUUAAGAAAGAGAAAAUAUAAAGUCGCCUUUUAUUUUUCUGAUAGAAUCUGUUUUCUACACAAAGCUGUAUGUUUUUGGCACUGAAAGCAAGCCCACAGACACCCAUUUAUUCUUUCCUUUCCAGUAUUUAAGUCCUCUGUAAAUUCUUUUCAAGCAUUCAGAUUAAUGUAUUUAUGGUCCAUUUCAUUCCAACUCAUUUAAGUGGUCUACUUCUGCCAUUGAAUCUUGUAUGGGUUUUAUUUUUCAUGUAAUAUUUAGGUGCAUUACUUUGAACAGCUUUAAAAGUAUAAUGUCUUUGAAUGCUCUAGUUAAAGAGAAAUUAUACCUUCAAAAUGAUGUCUUAGGAGUUGAACUGUAAACUUUGGAAAUGUUUAUAUUAUAACUCCUGAAAGCACCACAGAGAGCUUUCGUCUGUAUGUCUGUCUUCUGCUUUCUGUGUAAGAGUGUAUGUUCCUCACCAGCUUGAUACUCUUCAGUCUGAAAGCCUGAGUAUGCAAAGACAUGAAUAUGGUGCCUCACCUGAGCAGUCCCACAGAGCUGAGAGGGGCUACUCACAUGACUAGAGUUGCUCACAAAAGUAUUUGCAGAAAAAGGCUUUCGUUUAGUGAUCGGUUGUAGUUGUGGGGACACAUGGUUAAUAACAGCACCGAGACACCCAGAAAUGGGGUCAGUGUUUAUUGAAGAUGUGGACGCAUUUAUCUGUGAGUUAUUUGACAUUAACCUAAAUUAUUGCUAUUAUAAUUCAGUAUAUUAUUUCUUAUGAAAACACACUAGUCCUGUGAAAAGGUUAGUUGCCAAAAAAUGUGUCGAGUCUUGCUGCUUAGUUGUUUAUUUGCAUUUAGUAUACAUUUUGGUUGUUGAAGUGAAGCUAGUUUCAUAGAGAGGCAGAAAGCUAGAUCAGUCAAAAAAAAAUUUAAAUAAGCUUCAUACUGUACCUUGAGUUCUGCAACUAGAAUAGUAUGUGUGUUCAGAUGUAGUAUUUUUUAUGCUUUAGGGUAUUUUUGUUUGUUUAAAUAUGUAAAAGAUUAAGCAGAUUACUUUGAAAUGCUAUUGUAGAGCUAAUUUUACAAAUAGUGGGAGAAUGUUGUCUGAAAAAUUAAAAUUAGAAAAUAUUACAUAGGCUGCCUUUGGCUUUAUUUUGUUUGUAGCAGUUCCAGCAGGUAUCUGUCAAUUCCAGACACUUAAACCAGGGGCCAUGUUUGAGUAGCAUCUUGUAACUGAAGUACAUUUUGUGCAGCAAUAAAAUUGCCCGUCUGGGCUUUAAAAAAGAUGGUUGGCUAUACAAAAGCACAAAGGCAGCAAAUUUAGAUAUUCUUUUGUGCAUGGACAAUUGCAUGAAAUAGGAUUGGGGUGUCAAACUAUUUUAAAUCAUUUAGUAUAAUUUACUCUCAUUGUAACUCCACUGACUACAGUUAAAUUAAACCAAGUAUUUGACCCUUCAAGUCUACAAAUUUCAGCAUCAGGCAGCUCAGGUCUAUAUAAAGAUAUUUAAGCUUAGUAAAUCAGCAAGAGUACUAUAUAAAUGGUAAUGCGUGACAAAAAUCUUAACUCUAAUAACAUUAUUUCUCUCAAAAUUCCUAUUCAUUACUUUUGUAUACAGAAGUUCGGAAGUGCACUUCUUAGUGGCAUUGGGAUAUGUGGAGAAAAGUACGAUGCUGGUACAGAAAUGUAUCAGAAAUAAGAUUCACUUCUCACUGCUCCAGACACUCCAUGUGUGCCUUACUUACACGUUACAAAUUCCACUGAAGUUAACAGAACUGUAUAAAGUUAAGCCUGUUUGUAACCCUUACGGGAUUCUUGUUUCAGAAUCUGCAAGAUAAGUUACAGUCGCAAAAGGCAUUAUUAAAACUUGUGCUUUCAGGUUUACGGAAUAUUAUGAACAGUAAGGACAGUUUCUGAGACACUUCCGGAGUAACUUUAUUAAUUGAUAUUACAUCAGGCCAACAUCCAUUAGGAAAUCAAAAUACGCCUCGGUGCCUUUACUUCUUGACUUCUCAGUAUGAUUUUACCAAAAAAAAAAAAAAAAAUCAAAAAGUCAAAACAGCAUCUAAUGCUGUUCGGCUUCUUCUUUUGUGCUCUUUUGGUUUUGCUUUUUGUAAUAUCAUUUGCUCUGGAGAUGUCUAGGACUUGAUUAUUCAAGGGAAACAUGCAAAGCAGUUUCAAAUAUUUUUUUCUUAAUUCACCUUAGAUCACAUACUUUGCUGGUGAAAAUCAGCAUAGUCCUGUUGACUUCUACAGCAUUGUAUCAGCUUACACCAGCAAACAAGCUGGCACCUAGAGUUUUAGCAUUUCAAGUCACUUUACCUACAUAUGCAGUAGGAUUUUAUUUUGCAAGGUGGCAAGUUACCUAACAGUGCAAACUGUACUACCUAGACUACCAUUGAUACCUAUUCACGGGACAUGAUUUCACUGUAUCACUUCAUACUUGAAAUUCAAGAUGUUCUUUUAAUCAGGGUACAAACAUGAAAAGGUGCGUGUGUUACUGUUUCUUUUAAAGGUGCAUCAUUAUUUUUAUUCUGUGUGCUUAAUAAUUACUAUUCAGUGUUCUUUACAUUCUUUUUGUUCAGCAUUAAAAUCACCUCUGUGUGAAAUACAGUAUGACCUACAGAGAUACAUAAAAGUGCAACAGUGAUUUCUUGAAUUGUUACUUAAAUAUGCUGGUUUAGCUUUUGCUCAUACAUAUUACAUCAAGGGGCUACAACAUGCAAACUGUGGUAUAUAAAAAUAUUGCACCAUUGCUGUACAUGAAAUCUUGCAGCCUCUCUCCUCUUCUUGCACAGCUGCUGAUUACCAUAUACGCAUUGGGAAAACUAUGUUUCUGCUGUACAGAAUGGCUGGGAAAUAAUGCAAACACUUUGGAAACUCUAGAGCUCUCUUUGCAAGCUUUCAAACAAAGCCCUUUGAUCUAACUGCAUGCCUGCUCUGUGUCCUAAAUUUCACCCUAUGAUGCUUUCUGCUUUAGGAACACCCUCAGCUGGGGCUACUUUACAUCGACUGCAUUGAAGUUCAUCGGAGCAUAUUCUUUCAAGCAUGCACCUUACCAUAUAACAUAUUCUUUAGCUUUUACAAGUUUGUAAAGAUGGUGGACUGCAGAACUACUCAUGUGUCAAUACAGCAAAAUUAAACUAAGGCACACAGAAGGUUAUCAAUGUUGUAUUAUAUCAGAAUUACAGUCCUUUGGAACUGAACGUUUUGCUGCUGGCAGUGCAAGAGAAGCAAAGUUGUGUAUUUAUUGUUGGGUGCUGAGGGUUCAGUAUGAAAAUCGAUAUAAUAAAAAUGUUCACGGUGUCAGGUUCUUUUUAGUUGUUCCCAAAUUAUUGGAAAGUAAAAAGGCAAGAAAUUUGUUUUGUAUUUAAAACUGCUUUCCUGAAGUUUACUUCACUUUUCGAGCUAUAUUUUUCUUUUAUCUAAAAAUGUAAGAUGAAUACAGAUGCAGUAAGUAUUGUAUAUUAAAGACAGAAAAAUAGCAA